AUGGGAGUAAUAGCAACUGGAACUGGUGCUGCUGCAGAUGCCCCUGUUCCUAACUCCCUGUCGCCAUGCGGCCCUGCCAUAGUCGCCGAGGCAACCCAGAUCAGCGCCUUCACCACCGCGGCUGCCCACACGCUCUGCUUUGCGGGCCUUGCUGUCGCCCACUCCCUCGCUGGCCAUGGCGCGCUCGUAUCCGACCCCGCCCUUGCCAUCCGCCUCCUAGUGGUCUGUGAAGCGCCACUUGUCAUCGUGGUGUUCAGCUUGCUCCGGCGAGAUCCCAAACACUGUUCGUUCCUAAAGGCGGCUGCACGUGGAUUGCUUGGCUUGCCCGUAGGAGCAUUCCUAAAUGCAUUUGGUGCGGUUGUUCUUGGCGCUCCUGUUGGAAUCAAGCUCUGGACAGCAACGAUAUACUGGUCGCUUCUUAUGUCGCUGUUCACAUUUGUUCCGGCAGCAUGUGUCUUCGGAGCAUCCAAAGUCGAUUGGCAGAAUGCGCUUUCUUAUUCCAUUUAUUUCACAUCAUCUGAUGUUGUGGAGUACAUGAUCUCUAUGCCAUCUCAUGGAGCCGUGAUAGGAGCAUGGCUUGGUGCUUGGCCUAUGCCGCUUGACUGGGGGAGACCUUGGCAGGAAUGGCCAAUAUGUGUCACUUAUGGUGCAAUUGCUGGGCAUUUGAUUGGCAUGGUAGUGUCGCUGAUCCUGAUAGUUGCUCAGAAGAGAAGAGUUCGUGCCAAAGCUGACUAGCCUAUUUGGAUGAUGAAUGGCCUUCUUUGUCCAGAUUAUACUGUACAGUCAUCUUCUAAAAAAAUUACCUACUUGGCUACUUGUUGAUUAGCUUUCAUGUUGAUAGAAGUACUGAUGCCUUCCAAGUUCUUUAGUCGUUGUAAUUAGAACAGUUC